GCGUCGGUACGCUCAGAAUCGCCAGCAAUAGGAGCAGCAGCAGCAGCAACAGCACACGCACAGCAGCAGCAGCAACAGGGAGGAACACCGGGGACAGCAUCGCGAGCCUCCACGCCGAAAGCACACAAGAAGACAAGUCUCGCCGCCAUCCACGCUCCGUCCUUCUCGGCAUUCCGUUCGCAGGUCCCCAGUGCAGCUGUCCGGCGUCCAACUGUGUCCGACGCCGCAUUCCUGCGACAGAAGUCGCCGCGUGCCGCAUCCUUCUCGAUAGCCGCACAGCCCUCACCACGGCUUGCCGAUCCGCAUUGGAGACCGUACUCCCUCGACAGUCCGCUGCCCAAUACGCACCGUAACCAGGGCAGCGAGGUGGCCCCCUUGUAUGCCGAACAGGUGGACCGGCCACGCGAGGAGGUGGAUAGGUCGUCAUACACGAUUCCCAUUGGAUACUCGAGCCACGACCGCAACGCUUCCAUAGACUCGCACAUUGCUAGCACUGUACCUUCUUCUGCCUACAGUAGCCCGCGACAAUCGAGUGCACCCAUCUACGCAAAGCAUGCUCCCGAUACCACUGUCCCACACGCACAUCAGCAUUCGGUCGCCAGCAUCGAUAGUAACGAACAACAAUUUUCCGAUCUUGGAGUGAGCAGGAGAGCUUCGAUGCUCUCGGUACGGGAAGCACCCACGAUGACUCUACAGUUGGACGGCGUACAGAGGAGGUUGACGGACGAGGAGUUUGAAAAGUACUCGCAAGCAUCAUACGGCUCUCAGCCCAAGAGACCGAAAUCCCCCACCGCCAAUGGAGGUAUCAGCCGCUUCUUCGGCUGGAAUGGCGUGCGGGAGGCUGAAGGCACGUCGUCGUCUCCUACUACCACUUUUUCAGACAGGUCGCUGUCUCCCCUGCCAUCUCCGAGUAUAGCUAAGACCUUACCCAUAGAGAUGGCGGGGAGUCGCGCCUCCGCGCGACUGACGCCCCCGGGAUUAGACGUGCACAAGGCGAACGCGGCAUAUUUUGAUAAUCCGGAGACACCACUCCUGCUCGGCGACGAUGCAUCGAACGCCCAUGUCCGGGAACUGGAACGAGAGUUGCGUCACAUCAGUGAAGAGCUCGCAAACUCCAUUCGCCGCGAAAUGGAACUCGAAGACGAGCUGGAUCAUGUACGAUCCGAACUCCCCAUAAUACCGCAAUCCGAGCUUGGUGCUAGACGGAGCAGCGACUACUUUUCGGACAGUGGUGCGAGCUCCAUCAAGUUUCCGAUCACUGAUGUAGAUGCACGACUGGAACAACUCGAUAAAAAGGUUCGCAGGGUGGAGCAAGAGAAGGCAAACUUGAAGCUCGAGGCCGCUGCGAGACUUCAGACAGAACUCAAUCGCAGACGCGAUCUGGAAGAGCUUGUGAGAGAUCUGGAAGAUCAAGUGGAAAAGAAGGGAGACCAACAAGACGUCGCCGUCAGGCUCCAUGAGCUGGAAUCCACCCUGGACGAGACUAAGAGGCGUCUGGGGCAGGAGAAGAUGACCAAGGAGAACUUCGAGGACCUCUACAGUGCCACCAAGGAAGAGUUGAAGCAGUUUCGGGACGAGGCAGAGAAUUUGCGCAACGAAGUGGUGCCUCAGCUGAGGUCAAGGCUGGAGGGAUUAGAGGCGGAAGCGGCGGAUAACCAAGCGAUUGUGUACGAAAACACACGCUUACAGCAAUUGGUUGCGCAAUUGAAGAGGGAAAGUGGGCACUCCGGGUUCGGCAGCAUCGCCGAGGAGGGUGUGGUUGCGAACGCUGGGCGUAUGAGCCUGCACCGAAGCGGAUCACUGGCGAGAAGCUCGAGUCUCCGGCGUGGCGGAACCAUCAAACAAGACCGCGCCGAAGGCGGGCGACAACGCUCGGGCUCUGUUGGUACAUAUGCCGACGGCGACAAGGAUAUGAUAGAGCAACGAGAUGCCUUACACAAAGCGCUCAAACUGCUCAUUCAUCGCUAUGAGAGACAGCAGAAGGAUCAUGAGCGCGCGAUGAAGAAAUUGAAGAGUGAGAAGGACAAAGUGGAAAGCAUCACACCAAGGCGUACUGCUUAUGCCCAAGAAGUGUCUUUCUUGAAGGCCGAAGUUUCGAGUUUGCGAAAGCGCACGGAAGAUGCUCUGGAGCAGAAGUGGCAAUACGAGAAGAACUUGGGCGGCUUGAAGAUGGAUCUCGAUCGCGCGGAGCAGGAAACUCGGGGGCUACGGAUCAUGUUGCAGGACCGCGACUAUAGCCAUGUUGCGAGCGAGUCCAGCCAGUAUGGAGGUGACGAGGAAGACGAGCAGCUGAAAGUGAGCAUCUCUCGAGCGGAAAGUGAGCGUGAUCACGCUCGACAGGUCGCGACCGAAUAUCGCCAACGAGCACAAGUUGCCGAUCCCGAAACGGCUGAAGGGCUCAUGGCUUCUGCGAACCGUAUGGACGAGCUCGCGGAGCAGCUCGAGGCACAAGUCCAAGCCAAUAGCAAGCUCCGGGAACGCCUUGCUACGGCCAUCGCCAAGGGGGAACACGAGCAGAAACAAUCCACCAAACAGAUCGAAGACAUGCAGAGACGUCUCGCAGGCAUGGAAGAAAGCGUGCUUGCCGCACAACAGCAUUCUGAGACCACGCUCGCCAACCACGAUGCCGAGGUGAAGCGCAUCGAUGAGGCACGCUCGCCCUCUCUACAGAGAUUGCAAGUUGCCAUUCCCGAACCGAGCAAACUCACUCCUCCCUCGCCGCUGCUCAGAAAGACGCCCAAACUCGGCAGCAAGAAGCUCAUUGAAACAUCUCUCCUCGAAAUGAGUCGCACACAACUUCUGGAACGCAAAGUCCGGGAGCUGGAAGGGCUGUUGAGAGAAGCAGAGGAGGACAUGCAGCAUGUGGUUGAGCGUGUCAACAAGAGCCAGAUGGAAGUCGCAGACCUUCAGACCGAGCGCGAUGCGGCUCUCCUCCAGAUGAGGAAGCUUCAAGGUCAGAUUGUGGCAGAAAGAGAGAAAGCAGAGGCAUUGUUGCCCAUUCAGAGGGACUGAUUGCCCCGGCAAACUCACGAGGUUGCCGCGGGGUCCAUGUAGUAAUGUGACGGGGCUGUGGCGCAGUGUGUAAGAAUUGACGAUGCGACAUGUUUUGUUGGAAUACUAAAUCGACGGGAAAAGGUCCUAUACCAAGACUAAGGUGUCUUACUGGUAAUCUAAUUGCAGCAGUCAUACUGGCUUCGGGGCUCGGCCGACUACAUGUACGAGAGAAGGGUUUGAAGGCAAAGUGGAACCGACGGAACGCUCAGCUACCUUGUGUGUGUGUGUGUGUGUGUGUAUGGAAAGGGAAAACUGGAGAGAAAGAGAGAAAAGCAAAUCCCAACAAGCCUGCAUCUAUACAGGGAGGGAAAGGAGGGAAGGAAGGUUUUCUUUUUGAGGCGCGAUCGCCCUAGUACCAGGUAGUGAUGGUUGGCGACAUGGACAGAUUUUGAAAAGCGACAGCAUCAAUCUCCCCCCAAGAUCCUCUCUGUUUGGGGGGUGUGUAUAUUAUUGGUUAUUAUCUUGGUGGCAUUUGUACUCUUAUUGUCAAGUGAGGAGGUAGGAGGUAGAGGUAGGAGGUAGCUUUUUCUAUG